AUGGGUUUGAUUGUGUAUAGUAUAGUAUUUGUUGUAUUGAAUUUUAUUGGUAAUAUUCAAUUAGAAGCAACUACUUUAUGUGUCGGUAAAAAUGUAACUAGUCAACCUGUUAUUGAUUAUUGUAGUUCUCAAGCUGGCUAUUUAAUUUUUCGUUGUUGCCGUUCAAAUGAUAAUGAAUCAUUCAUAGCUGCUGAUUUAAUGGACCUUAAUUUAACUAAAGUUCCUGAUUUUACACAAAUUUCAAAUUUUAAUUUAAGUGUUAUUGAUCUUCGUUCAAAUCCUCAUCUUACGCCUUCACCGGAUGAUGAUUUUCUCACAUUAAAAUAUCUUGAUUAUCUUAUUUUACCUGAACACUUUGCUUGUCCAGGUGGACACGAUGUAUGGGAAGUAGUUAAUAAAACUGAUGAUUCAGUAGGAAAUCUUUGUAUGCAUCAAAAAAAUUUUUGUUCAAAUUCAACAGAUAUAUGUGAUGAAAAAGGUUCAUAUUGUAGUACGAAUGGACCUCAUCAUUUUUUAUGUUUAUGCAGAGAUGCCUUUCAUGGUUAUAAAUGUUUACGAAAUGGAAAAUUUCCAACAGUUGCAUUUUUUGUUUCGUCUUUAGUUGUAACUGCUAUUGUAAGUGCUUUUCUUUAUUGGACACAAAGACGACAUGUUAAACAAUAG